AUGAAGGCAUGUCAACGCUAUCUCGGUGUCCCUGGAUAUCAACAAGGUAUUGGUCAGGAACUUGGUGUUAGUCAAUCGACGGUAUCUCGGACUGUGGAUAGAGUUGUGAACAGCAUAGUUGCACAAUCGAAUGAAUGGAUCAAGUUUCCAACUACUAACCAUGAACUGAUGGAGGCCAAGCGGAUAUGGCAAAGCAUGUAUAAAUUUCCCACAGCAAUUGUUGUAAUUGAUUGA